AGCAGUGCGCUGUGAGGACAAUUGCCACAGAAUGAGACAGCAGAGGUCAUCAAAGCCGCCUGAGGCUACAGCUGAGCCCUGUGAGAACAAUCGCCACCAAAAGAGACUGAAGACGACAUUGGCGCCACCUCAGGUUACAGCUGAGCGCUGUGAGAACUAUCGCCAGCGAAAGAGACAAAAGAGGUCAUUGGAGCCAUCUCAGGUUACAGGUAUUUUGCUAAUUUUUCAUUCAGCCCGCCCCCCUGGCCCCUUUUAGCAAGUUUUGGGACAAUCGACCAACCUUCUUCAUUUUGGGCUUUUUCGACAGCGCCGACCCUAUCGUUCUUUUCAAUUUUUGCCCGUUUUGGAAAAUCCUUAACAAGUUUCACACAACGCCCCCACUGUGCUUAAUUUUGCUCAUUUUUCAUUCAGCCCACCCCCGUGGCCCCUUUUAGCAAGUUUAGGGACAAUCCGCCACCCUUCGUAAUCUUUUGCAAUUUUUGCCGUUUUGGAAAAUCCUUAACAAUUUUCACACAACGUCCCCACUAUGCUUAAUUUUCAUCAUUUUUCAUUCAGCCUGCCCACCUGGCCCCUUUUAGCAAGUUAAUUUUAUUUGUAUCCAAUAUCACAAAUAAUUGACUCAAGGGAUUUUACAUUCUGUACAGCGUUCUCUGCUUUUAGACCCUCACACCCUUGUACUGGGGGCUGUGACCCACAAACUGGGAGAGUGGCCCUAGCAGAUUCCAGGUACAACAUCUGAGGUCUGUCCAGUUUGUUUAUUUUUCUGCAUCCAUACAAAUGCAUCAAAGCUUUAAAAAAAAAAGCUUGAACUGAAAUAUUAUAUAUGUUUAAUAAUGUGAAAAUAUAUUGGAUUGAAUUUCAUAAAGAGAUGUGAUGUGAUUAAGACAAUAGAUUGUCUCAUUUAAUUUAAUAAUCGAGUGCAUGAUAUGAAAACCAUGUGAAGUACCAAAGAGAGGAGAUAUGUUAUGGAAAAUUCAGUGUUUGAUCAGAUAAAUGCAGCGCAGAGUAGUAGCACGCUGAGAAAUAACCAGAUGGAGUUCACUCUUUGCAUAUGAGAUCAUUUGCACCUGCUGUCAAAACACUGAAGUUGACUGAUAGGACUGGAGGGUUUAAAUGUGCAAACUCAUGAUGUACAGCUAAAUGUGCUUUUGAGCAAUGUCCUACAUUUCCAGGUUUAAAUUAUUUUAAGAUGUAGCUAUAUAAAAUUCUCUACUUUGACUAAUCAUGUGUGUCUAAUAUAGUUUUUCCCUGAAAAAAGUUCAAAUGUCAUAUUUAAAUCCUUAAAAUGACAUCUACUCUUUCUCUUUCCUUAUAAACUCAAGAAUCUUUGAAUAUGUAAACAUUGUUCAUUUCAAAGUUGAACUGUUGGACGCAAGAUGUAUCUUCCUUGAUUCUCAAUGUGCAAUGCGCACUGGAGGUUUCAAGUUCCCAGUUCCUUGUGUAAAUUCAAUGAGCACAGAGAAACUUUCACUUUCAGCAGAUAAAUGUGAAAACAGCUUCUAUUGUGAAACUCUGCACAUAAAUCAUUCUGCACCGUAAAGGUAAAACAUUCAACUAAAGAAACAAGAAGAAAAACACAUAUUUAAGUGGAAGGGAACUUUACAGAACUAAUAAAGAGCAGUGCAGGUCAUAAAAGUUUAGAAAAUAUUUCUAAUAUAAUACACAAUGAAACUUUGCAUUUUUCUUUUCUUCUUCCUGUUUUUUUUUUUUAAGGACAUUUUAAUUCCUAAAAGGGAAAUUCAAAAGAAUAGCGGCAAAUGGGAAUAAUACAUUAAUCAGGAGGUCAAUAGAGCAUUUCAUUCAAAACUGAAUUGUCUUUCAACAUCAGUUUUCAGUCAUAUGUUCACUACAUUUGUUUUUAUAUAGACAGAGAUAGAAUAUUUUAUAAAGCAUUUGAGCAAAACUAUUUAUUUCAAAGAGACGCUUUUAUGGAUUAUUAUUUAUUGUUUCUAUUUUUAAUGCCCAGCAUCUAAACAAGCACUCAGUCUAUAGGGCAGACUAAUGUACUUCAGUAGUUAUCUCCAUACUCUGAUGAGCUUGGUCUUUGAAGAUAAAACAAGCAUUUGGUCAUGUUUUCCCACAUGGUUGCCGUCAGCAGAAAUUGCAUAAGGGGUUGAACCACGUGGGUGAGCGCAGCCAGCUGUACUGUGAGCAGGUAUAUAAGGAGGCCAGAACUCUCCAUCCUCCUGCUACUCCUCAUCUGACUCCUAAGGCUUCUCAACAUGGACUUCAUCAGAGUGCUCUGCUGCCUCGGCCUGCUGCUGGCAGCCUGUGCCGCCCAGGACCCUAAACCCUGCACUGUUCCCCCUCUUAUGAGUGGAGGCUUCAGUGUGAUGGCCACCAACGUCACGUCCACAGGAAAAAUAACCUAUGAUGCUUUUGGUCAGAGGAUGCGGGUUAGGGCCUUCACUUCUUCUGGAAAUGUUGUGGACCAGCUGAUUCUUUUCGGCCAGAAAGUCUAUUACGAGAUCGACUGGAGCAAUUUCACUUGCAAGAAAAUGCCGCUGGACACCAGCUUCGUUCCCAUGCAAGUGCCUUCUGAUGCACAACUGAUGGGUCAGGUAGUUAUGGGCUCUUCCUCUUCCUGGGGAAUGGGCGUGCUCGUCAACACCUGGUAUGGGAGCCUGCCCGGGAACGGCUUUUAUUCAAGUGUCUUUACUGAAAUUGGCUGCAUCCCUUUGACCGUCUCUUUGGUCACUCCAGCAUCUGGAUGGACCACUGUCAGCACAUUCGACUGGGUUUUGGGCAUCUCAACAGCCAUGGACUUUGUUCCUCCCUUCUUCUGUGCCAAGUCUUCACUGGAAGAGACAAAGACCCCAGAUAACUUCUUCACUGCCUUGCGGUCUCUGGCCAUGAAGUCCAACAAAAUGGUGUAAACAUGUCCUAUCAAGACACAAAUACUGCUUCUUUCAGGGCAGCAGAACAGUAAGAUUGAAUCUGGGAUGUGAGACUAAACAUUAGAGGUACACAGUGUGAGUCAAUCUGGAAUAACACCUUGUGUAGCUGCAUUGCUGCUAUGACUUUUAUCUCUGUCAUCCUCAAUAAAAAAAAAUAAAUGCAUUGAAUGAUAUGGUGCUUAUUUGGAGUUGGAUGCUUGGGGGAAUCACAUUAACAUAACAUAGCAUGGCAUAGCAUAGCAUAAGAUGAAUAACAACAGAACAGUACAGAGUCUGAUCA